AUGUCUGGAGCAUCUCUUAAGCUACUCAUGUGUGGUGCGGGGGAAUAUUCAUCAGUGCGUAAGCGUGUGGACGAGAGUACAGGGACAGUUCAGGUUGCUGGUUCUGCUGAGCCCAUUGUGGCCUUAGUUGGUGACGACGUCAUCCUGCCCUGCACCCUGAGACCCACCGUUAGCGCUGUGUAUCAGACAGUAGAAUGGCAGAGACCUGACCUAAAACCAAAAGAGGUGCAUCUUUACAGAGAGGAGAAGGACGACCUUGUGCUCCAGAAUCGAUUAUUCAGGGGAAGGACGUCACUGUUUAAAGAAGAACUAGUAGAAGGCAACGCUAGUUUAAAGCUGACCAGAGUGGAACUCUCUGAUGCUGGAAACUACACCUGCUACAUUCCACUGUUGGACCACCAGAAAACCACCAUUCAACUCAUUGUUGGUGCAGCGCCUCGACCAGUAAUCACCAUUGAAGGAAUCAAAGGUGAUGAGGUGGUCCUGCGCUGUGAGGCUGAAGGCUGCUACCCAGAGCCUGUCAUGGAGUGGUGUGACGUUCAUGGACGUGUCCUCCCUGCUGCUGGACCUCCAGAGACAUCCAGAGACCGUGAAGGCUGCUACACUGUGACAAGCCAUGUCAACGUCCACCGAGACAACAACACGUUCACCUGUCGGGUUCAACAGCCGGAGAUCAAACACAUGAAGGAGAGACGGGUUCAUAUUCCAGAUCAAAUGUUUCCUACGCAGUGCCAGUCCUUGUGGCUGACAGUUCCUGUUGCAGUUGGAGUCACAGCUCUUGUUGGAGCUGGAGUUGUAGCUGGUGCUGGAGGUCUCUACCUGUUGAUAAAAAUAGGGAUGUUGACCAUCAGCAUGGAGCGUUGGACGUCAGUAAUGCAGAACCCUUAAUGAAGAAGAACAAGGAGACGACGAAGAAUGAGGAAGAUGAGGCCGGUGAACCCAGUCUGCCAAAGGUUUAAAAGAUUGUAAAAGAUGUGAAAUGAUCUAAUUUUAUAAUAAUAGUAUUAUAUGCCAUUUAGCAGACAUGUAUGGACGGUCCCAGGAAUCAAACCCACUAUCCUGGAGUUACAUGCGCUACCAAGGACCAUGCUUGCCUAUGACUAUACA